CUAUCAAGGGUCGCAGCCAUGGCCCAUUACAGGGCAUCAGAAUCAAAACGUGAACAAUUCAGAAGGUACCUCGAAAAAUCUGGGGUACUUGAUGGCCUGACCAAUGUGUUGGUGACACUUUAUGAGGAGCCUGACAAACCUAACAAUGCCUUGGACUUCAUAAAGCAGAACCUGGGGCCACCGGUUGAGGAGCCAGCUGACGUUGGGAGCCUGCGAGAGGAGUUGGCCGAGCUCGAGCAGAAAUACGAACUGCUGCUCCAGGAGAACAAGGAACUCAGUCAGAAGCUUUUGCAGUAUGAACCGAAGCCUGAGGAAGGAGCCUCUGAAUAAAGAAGAUUCACCGUUUGUAAUAACACUUGUAUAGCCGCUUUGUGAUUUGUUGUUUAUAAUUCACCGUUUUCCUUCGAGGGUGGAAGAGCCUUGUAAAGUAAAACCUCUGUGGAUUUUGGGAGAGAGACCAAAAUAAAAAAGAUGGUGGUUAAUAAUUGUACAUCAAAAUGACUUUUAUUGUUUGUCAUUGACACCGUUGUGAUAGAGUCUCCAGAACUGUGAAGUCACACAAGUUAUUCACACCACCUGACCAGCCAUGUGAAAACACUUUACGAACAAGGAUUACAUUCGAUAUUCAGAUACUUUGGUACAGCUUUAAUAUUCAUUCAUUAAUGUCAAAUAAAAAACAGAAUAAUGAAACAUUUCUCCACGGAAAAUUAUAAAUAGAGGCCAUCCUGAGGGCCAAUAUGGGAGGCCAUAUCAAAAUGUUUGUUGACAACUGCAUUACAUGCAACCUCAGUAUCCACAUCAAGUUACAAAGUUCAAAUCAGUCCCCCCACUUCCGUUAUUAUUACAUAAUAUUCUCGUGAAGGGGUGCUGGUUUGACCUUCUACCAAUUCAAGGCUAACAGAAAUGAAUCAAAUUUCUUACAGUAUAAAGGGUAGAACAACAUGUUUUUGUGAGUUUGUUGUAAGGACUGUUUGUGAUGUAGUAUAGUACAACAACAACAACAGUAUAAGCAAUGUACCACAGACAUUACUUCACGAGACAAACAGAGAGACAGGCUUCAUUGAUUGACUUGUGGACUUGUUGUGACGUAUUACAUAACACUGAUAACAGUAGAUUAAAGCCUCAGGCCUUAUCGACUUCAUGCUCCAGUUUUUCAAUGUUCUGGCUAUUUUUAGAAUACCCUGAUGAACAUUUAAACAGACCGGAAUUAAAUGCAACAUGCACCGAUGUUUAAACAUGUAACAUGUACUUCUGCUCGUUAGUUAGCAUGACCUAGUUUUCAAGGCCUUUGGAGUGCCUGAAAGCUAAAUGGGCUUCCUACAUUUAUGUG